CUCGCUCAUCGAUGGCGAUCCCAAUACAGACUAUCUUAACGGCAAUUAUGUUAACGGAUAUAAACAGAAGAAUGCAUUCAUUUCAACACAAGGUCCUAUGCCAAAAACUUUCAAUGACUUUUGGCGAUGCGUUUGGGAAAACAAUUGUUGUGUGAUUGUAAUGACCACUAAGACAAUCGAGAGGUGUUGUAAUAAGUGUGGCCAGUAUUGGCCACUCGCUGAGGAGACGAGUUGUGAUUUUGGACAAUAUCACGUCCAUAACAAUGGAGUCGAUGAACACAAAGAUUGGAUCAUUACAUCACUGGUUGUAAAUGACACUAAAACAGGUAUUACCCGAGAAAUAACUCAUAUGCAGUUCAUAAGUUGGCCCGACUAUGGCGUCCCCCUCUCUGCAGUUGCAAUGUUGGACUUCAGAGACAAAGUACGGGAAUAUCAAUCGCACGCAACCAAAUCAAUGGGUUCCCUAUGGACUGGUCACCCAUUAGGUCCUCCUAUAGUUGUUCACUGCAGUGCAGGCAUU